AUGUCCGCUCCAACUCAGGCAAGCAAAGCCUCCCAACAUCCCCCUCUUCGUCAAGUCGGGCAAAGCACUGCCCAGCCCGUGCCCCAAGACCCGAAUCAGUUCAAGAUUCCUGAGAUUCCUGAACGCACGUUGUUGGCGCUCACUCCGAGCAACUUGCGAAAAUUGCAACAGGCUCGAGGUAGAUGUGCUAAGGCAUCAUCUCAGAUGCCGGCCAAAACCACAGACUCUCUCGAAUCGAACGCCUCAGGCUUCUUAGAGGCCAAGAUCGAACAGUUGACAGAGUUCAGGGACUACCUCGAACUUGUCAAGUGUGGAAUCCUUGAAGGGAAUGAUCAGCAGCCGCUUUCGAACGAAGAACUCCAGUCGCACAUGGCACCAGUUGUGACAAAGCUCGCAACAACAACCGCCACGCUGCAAGUCUUGAAGAGUCAGAAAAGGCAUCUCGCCCAUGACCUUGAGGAGGAGACUACCGCUUUUCGACGCCAGAAGACCGGAAGAGAGCUGCAGGACUUAACCGAGCGCGCCUACGUCCAGGCAAUUAUCGACCGCGUGAUGAGGGCCACUGCAAAACAGGCCGCGACCCCCUUCAAAGCGAAAAGGUUCAAGGAGGAUGUCAAUGAAAUCUACGGCAUCAUCGAUCGACGCCCGAUCAGAGCAUACAACUGGUGCCAUGUGCUUGGAAUUUGGAGAGACGCCGUAAUGAUCAAGGCUGCACGUAUUGUGCCCAAAAGCCUCAAUAUUGGCGAACUCGGCCAUAUUUUUGGUGACUCCAACGAUGUCAUUUCCGACCCCCUCAACGCCAUAAGCCUCCACAAAAACAUUGAGCGUCAUCUUGACCAAGGUACCAUCGUGAUUGUUCCCGCGCCUGGAGAUUUCACAGUGCCGACGAAAUGGCGAUGCUUGGUUCUGGACCGAUCAAAGGGCAUGGACAUUAUCUGCUUGCGCACGGAUGUGAAGGACAUGGACAGGACUUCUGGCCGUGGUGAUCAGUUCGUCAGAGUCAAGGACCUACAUGACCUCCCUCUGACGUUCUUAAACGACAACCGACCCCGACGCAGGUAUCUGUAUCUCCGCUUCAUCAUAUCCUACCUGAACGCGAAGAGGCAAAAUAUGGCGGACUUGUCGGUUCCCUUGGAGACAAAGCAAUUCUGGCCUUCACCCGGCGGAUAUCUCCAUGAAACCACAUUGAAGAUCAUGGCAAGGUCUGUGUCCGGAUGUGAGUUGCCGCCCCCGCUCGUCUCUGGACAAACAUUCGAGCCUAGCGACAAUCUCUCCCAGGACAAUGAUGCUGGCAAUACGCUCGCUGCGGCUAUCAUCAAGCCGGCACUCUUCUCCACACGGGCAUCGGACCCGGAGGAAGAGUUGGAAGACGCUGAUGUGUAA